AUGGCUAUUACAGGGAUGAGUGAGCAGUGGAUUACAGCCAGGAUUAAAGAGAAAGGUGAGUGCAAGUGCAUUUCAUGGGACGCUUUGAAGGGCCUGAUUUUGACGUAUCCCGAUGAAACAAAAAGGGUAGAUGUAUUUGCCUUAAGUUUGUACGGAUUGAUGGUGUUCCCUAGGGCUUUGGGGUAUGUGGAUGAGGCAACCACAGAUCUUUUCCAUAGACUCAAUAAGAGAGUCACUUCUGUCCCUUCAAUUUUGGCAGAGACAUUCAGGUCCUUAGGCACAUGUAGAAAAACUGGUGCAGGCAGGUUUGUUGGUUGUGCACAAUUGCUUCUAGCUUGGUUCUAUAGUCAUUUUCGGUUGAUAGAUAAGGUUGUUUGUCGGGUUUUCUUCGAGGAUUACUCACCGCUGAAGGAUAUAGUUGCUUCAACUAGGAAAGUUGAUGUUCCAAAGGAGAAUUGGAUGGCACUACUGCAAAAUCUUCAGCUGAAAGAUGUUGAGUGGAGAGCUCCGUGGAUGAUUCCUGGUGAGAUUCUUUACCGUUGCGGCAGUUUCGAUUGGGUCCCUUUAUUGGGAAUUUGGGGUGCCAUUGGUUAUGCCCCCUUGCUCGUGUUAAGGCAAUUCAGUUUGAGGCAGUUUGUGCCAGCAACUCAUGGGCUAAUUCAAAGUGAGUUCGCAUAUAGAGGAGCAGAUUACAAGAAAAAGGUCGGUGAGAUCUCUAGCGCUUGGAACAAGACGUGUCGGUUAAAAGGAGUAGUUAUUGGCCCUGCUACGACUCUAAAAUAUGUUGAAUGGAGAGAAAUUAUGAAACAAGAAUUUGAGAGGAAAAAUCUGGAGCUCGAGAAAAGGAUAGCAAAGCUUGAAGAAAAAAAGAUGUACUUGAGUUUAGAUAUUGAUGUCCAGAAGAUAGAGGUUGAAAAAGAAAGAAAGGAAAAGAGGAAGAUUGAAGAGGAUAGAGAUGACUUGAAGAACACUACAAAAGGCACAAGUAUCCUUGAGAAGAGCGAAAAUAGGAGGGUCUUGGAUCGAGUUGCGAAAGAGGUCCAAGAAGGAAAGGCUAGAGUGAGUCUUGGGAAAAGAAGUUUCAGGAGAUGCAAUCACGAAUUUGGCAUUGGAAGAAGAGAAUAA